GCACCCGCUGCGCUGCGGGGAGAGGCCCGGCCUGAGACCCGGCCGGGUGGCCAUGGCCUCGGCCCUGAGCCCGCCCCGCGUCCCCAAGCCCAAGGCCGCUCUGCCUUCACACUACUAUGAGAACUUUCUGGAGAAAAAGGGGCCCCGAGACCGGGAUUACCGGAAGUUCUGGACAGGCCUCCAAGGUCUCACCCUUUAUUUCUACAAUAGCAAUCGGGACUUCCAGCACGUGGAGAAGAUAGAGCUGGGAGGAUUCACAGAGCUCAGAGAUGACAGCUCCCGGGCUGGUGUUCGUGACGUGGGCGUUCACUUCAGCCUGGUCCUUAGGAACCAGGAGAUCAAGUUCAAGGCGGAAAGCCUGGAGUCUAGGGAGAUGUGGAAAGGAUUCAUCAUGACUGUGGUGGAGCUCCGAGUUCCAUCCAACCUGACCCUGCUGCCUGGGCACCUGUACCGGAUGGCUGAGGCCCGGGACAAGGAGGAGGCGCGCCGCCUGGUCGAGCUGCCCCCGUGCUUCCUGAAGGUGAGCCGGCUGGAGGCGCAGCUGCUCCUGGAGCGCUACCCGGAAUGCGGGAACCUGCUGCUGCGGCCCGGCGGAGGCGGUGCGGGCGGCGUGUCAGUCACUACCCGCCAGAUGCUCAAUGGCUCGCCAGUGGUCCGGCACUACAAGGUGAAGCACGUGGGGUCCACGUAUGUGAUCGACGUGGAGGAACCGUCCUCCUGCCCCUCUCUGGACGCCGUGGUUAACUACUUCGUGUCGCACACCAACAAGGCCCUGGUGCCCUUCCUGCUGGACGAGGACUACGAGAAGGUGCUAGGCUACGUGGAGGCAGACAAAGAGAACGGCGAGAGUGUGUGGGUGGCGCCCUCAGCCCCGGUGGUCCCUGGCCCAGGUCCAGCGCCCCCUGCCGGCGGCCCCAGGCAGCCACCUCCUGUGUCCAUCCCUGUGCCUGCUCUGAACCAGCCGCCACCUCUGCCCCCGCUGCCCCCACCGCUGAGCCAGGACGAGAACUAUGUGAUCCCCAUUGAAGACAGCCCAGCUGCUAACUACGUGAACGAGGAAGUGCUGGCCUCCUGUCGGCAAGCCAUCCAGAAGCCCAAGAAACUACUGAAGCCUCAGGCAAAGACCUCAAAGCCACCUCCUGUGCCCAAGCCAGAAUCCAGAGCCCUCAAUGGCAUCUUGCUGGGCCGUACAGCUCAGGGCAGUCUUCCCGCCACAGGGCUGGCCGAAGUCACCGCGGAGCUGCAGGAGAAGCUAAUGAAGAGGCGGGCCCUGGAGCAGUGAGUGAGGUCGGUCGGACAGUCAGAGCGCGCUGGGCACCCGCAGAGGCGAAGCACUUCCGCCCCAGCCUCCCCUUUCCAGUAUUAAAGCCCGUACCCCCGGCC